UGAUGACAGAUUUAUUAGAAAGAAGCAUCCACUUGAUAAAUAAUUUCGUAAGUCAAUGGACUAAAAAGUAUUUAUAUUAUACAAGCUAUAUUGAAGAAACUACAUCUGGACAUACGUAAAUGAUUGAAUAUAAAUUUAGUUUCAUGACAGUUUUCUCAUUACCAACACCAUCAAAUCCUAUUCCUGUCGCAACAGUUAAAGUGUACUUCUAUAUACCAGAUUUAACAGAUCCUUCUGAAAAAACUAUGUCAUUUAGAUUUGAAAAUGAUUCACUUAUUCAUUUAGUUAAUCGAACUAUAAGAAUUUCAUAAAUGGAGGUAUAAGAAAAUUAAUAAAAUUUAAGAAAUGGAUUGAAACUAUCUUAGCACGUAAAGAUCGUACUUGUAGAAUUAUGUUUCUUGGAACAGAAUUCGAAUAAACAAGAAUCAUAAAUAAAAGAAUGGAUGAAGUACUUUAUGAAAAAUAACCAGAAUAAGAAAAAGAAAAUUUAAUAAUUUAACCAGAAUUAUUAGAACAUGAUUAAGAAUUAGUAAAUUAAUUUACAAUAACAGAAGAAGAAAAAAUGAGAGAAAUUAAAAUGUUAACAGAACUUCUUUAUUAAUGUUUUAGAUAAAUUGAUAAAGAUGAUAUGGGUGUUAUUUCAUAUGAAGAAGGAGGUUAAUUAUUUUAACUAAUGGGUUUGCAUCUAGGAAAACAUUAAUUAGAAGAUACUCUCAAUAGAUUAGAUGUUUCAAGAACAGGAAUAUUAUAAUUUAAAGAUAUUUCAUCAUUUGGUAUUGAAACAUUACAUUCAAUCUAUUGUUAAAAUUAAGCACUUAAAGAACUUAGAGAAAAAGAAGAAGAAAGUAGAUUUGAAGCAUAAUGGAUGCUAUCUACAGAUCUUAGAAAUAUUUACAAAAAAAUUGUUGAAUAAUGCAAAAUUAAGGAUGAAGAUGAAAUACAUUCUGUUCCUGCAAAUAUUUUCUAAUAAAUUUUAGAAGAAGUAUAUUUCUUUUUUUUUAUAAAUUAGCAAUAAUCUUUCUCAGAAGAUGAAAUCAAACAAAUUAUGGAAAUUAUUGGAUCAAAUCCUGUUGAAUAUCAAAUAAGUGAUAAAGUUUUGGAAGAAACCAUCUUCGAAAAUUUAGUAAAAGGUUUAUUAGAAGCAUAAAGAAGUAAAAUGGAAAUGUUUUUACUUGAACAUUUUACAAGAUAAGAUAGAGAUAAUACUGGUUUCAUUAAAAUUAAUGAAUUAAUGGUUGCUUUAAAAAGUUGUGAUAAAAUUAAAUUAUCAAAAGUUCAAGUAUAUAUUUCAAUCUUAUCUUUAGUUGUAUUCAUUACAAAGCUAUAUUAAAAGAAAUGAUAAAGAUUUAGUCAAUUAUAAAUAAGAAGCUAGAAAAAUUGGAGCUAUUAUUAAAAAAUUCUUCAAUGUUGAUUUAAUGGAAUAAAGGGUAUUCAAAUAAUUAAAUUAUACAAGUCUCGAUUACCAUAAAAUACUAAAAUUGAUGCAUAUAUUCCAUUAAAAACACCAGAGUAAAUAUAAGAGUAGAUUAAAAAAGUAGGAUCGUGA